UUAAGUUCUAUGCCGAGUGGAGCAUCGCUCCAGAUGCCUAUUGGAUGGGCUCCAGAAUGGUGUACAAGCUGCUGCGCGCCUGGCGUACGCCGCUGAUCUGUGUGGCUGGGACGCUGGCCCUGCUCCUGGUCAUUCAGCAGGUCAGCCGCAAGUCCCUGGCGGGCAUAACCUCACAGGAGAAGCAGUGGAAGGGAGAGACUGCUGUACCCAAAGUGCAUGUCGCUGUGGACUCCCCUGUGGACUACCCUGUGGACUACCCUGUGGACGCCCCAACGGAUCUGGAGGCUAUCCUUCGCGAGAACGGGAAGCAUCACUGGGCACAAGGGUCACGACGCGGCCAUCAGUGUGCGCCGUUUCCGCGCUACGAGGACUUUGUGUUCAAGAACCCGGACUUCCAGUGGGUGGUGGAGGGCAACCUGAGCUACUUCCUCUUUGGCGCCUACUACGACUGCAGGCCGGCGGCGCCCGAGGUGAUGGUGCUGGCGAUGGUGACCACCGUCAAGGGGCCACAUCCGGAGGCCUACUGCCAGCUGUGGUACGCGGACGGUGGCCAGCCGGAUCUGGUGCCCGUCAGCGACACCAAGGUGGGCUGGUACGAUGCCUGGGGCAAUGUGGCCGGCGUUGCCUAUCCCACCAUGCUCAGCUGCGUGGUGCCAGAGCCCGACAUUCGUGUGCCGCAGCUGGUGUCGCUGGUCUUUGGCAGCCCCUGCGCCCCAGCUCGCAACGCGCUCGUCGUGGUCAAUGCCGAAGUGUCGCAGCGACCCCGGCCACCGCCCAACACCCAGCAGCGACUGCGCACCGGCGUCUGUGUCAAAUUUCUCGACUUCCCGGAUCGCGACAUGUCCGCCCGGAUGGUGGAGUGGCUGGAGCUGCUGCGACUGCUGGGCGUCGAGCGGGUGGUGGCCUACGACAUCGGGCAGCUCACCGCCAACACAUCGCACACCCUGGCCCACUACUCGCAGGUGGACGGGCUGCUGCAGCUGCGGCAGCAUCGCCUGCUGGCCGAGCUGCCGGACCACAGGGCUCUGCGCGCGUGCCUCACCGAGGUGCUCAUGUACAACGACUGCCUGUACCGGAACAUGUACGAGUUCGACUACUUGGGUGUGUUCGAUGUGGACGAGGUCAUCAUGCCGCUGGGCGAGCUGCAGAGCUACCAGCAGCUGCUGCAGGAGCUGCAGCGAUUCGACGUGAACUGCACUGCGCGCACGAGCUUCUGCUUCCGGAAUGUGUACUUCCCCGAGGAGCUGGCGGCGGAUCCUGCGCUGCCGCAGCACUUCUACAUGCUGUCGCACGUGACACGUGUGGCCGAGCACUUGGAUGCCAGAUCGGCCAUCAAGUGCCUGCACAGUCCGCUGUAUGUGACCCUCACACACAAUCACUUUCCCCUGCACUGGCGAGAGUCGUGCGGCCCCAUGGAUGUGCCCUUGCACUUCGGCCAGAUGCAGCACUACCGUCACGUGGACGAUCUGACAACGCUCACGCGUCCCACUCCGGUGCGGGAUGAUAAUAUCCUGCGCUUCCGGGAAAAGCUGCUGCGUAACUCCCUCGACAUUCAUCGCCGACUGGGCUGGACAUAGGAGCCGGUGGCAGGGCACUCGCAUAUUGAUUAUAUUUUAAUUGCUUUUCGUAUAUUUAA